AUGGCCGCAACUACCCAAAUGCAGAGGCCAUACCCUCCUAUUUAUCAAACAACUCCUCAAUCGAACUCUCCUGCUUCGGUGACAUCAUCGCAGACACAUGAUCAGCAUGGACGAAGUCUCUACGCGCAGUCUCCUCAGAUUCCAUCACAGAUGUACGGUUACCAACCGUACUCUCCGAUCAAUCCUGUUCAUCCCGCUUAUAACCCCCAACCACCUGCGCCUCAACACCCCUUGACGACUCAAUCUUUGAUGAUGCCUCCACAGACAGCGCCUAUCCAGCACACUAUUCCAUCGCACCAAUCAGCCAUGGCAAACUCGACGAUGAGCAAUAACAGCCCUCGGCUCAAGGUGGAUCCUCUACCACAGCAGCAUACGCCAAUUCAGAAUCAACGGCCACCACCAAUGCCUGCAUCGACCUUGACUUCUCCUAAUACACCCGUGCAGCCUCUUUCUGCAAACAAUGUGCAUGUCAAUCAUCCAGCUGGCGCAAACUCUACUAAUGCGGCCCCCGGUCCAAUUCCUGCAACUACUCCGCAGCUUGUUCGUCAAGACAGCAACGGUGUGCAAUGGAUUGCUUUCGAAUACUCGCGCGACCGUGUGAAGAUGGAGUACACCAUUCGUUGUGACGUGGAGUCUGUCAAUGUAGAGGCUUUGUCGGCAGAUUUCAAGACCGAGAACUGUGUUUAUCCUCGUGCAUGCUGCAGCAAGGACCAAUAUCGCGGGAACCGACUGGUGUACGAAACCGAAUGCAACGCUGUCGGCUGGGCAUUGGCCGAAUUGAACCCCCCUCUUCGAGGAAAGAGAGGCCUUAUCCAGCGUGCUGUGGACAGCUGGCGCAAUAGUAACCAAGAUCCUCGGCUGCGAAGUCGUCGAGUCCGACGCAUGGCCAAGAUGAGUCGCCGACAAGCGAACCAGACACCAAACCACCAACUCGGAGCAAACGCACCUGUGCCACACCUGCUUACGCAAAACCCCGCGGCACUCGCACCGAACGCUCGCCCUCCAAGCGCACCCUUGACGCUGGCAGCGCCGCCCUUACAGCAUCACGGCCACCACGCAGAUGGCCAAGCUGGAAAUGAAGAAGUUAGCGGCAGCACUGAUUUUUCGAACGGUGCUCAUCGUCCUCCUUACGUCCCCACCAGUGCGAAACCUCCGAUUAGUGGCGCCCAGGAACCGACUCCAGAUUUCCGUGCUGGACAGGUUUACCAAGGCAUGCUCCCAUAUCCUGCAACAGUCCAUGCACCUAGUGGCUUGGGCACACCGUCCAUGGCACCACCUCUUCAUGGAGGGGGAUUCGAUACUAUAGGCCGACACUCUGUGGCCACAGCGGCUAGCCAACGCCACGACGCAGACGAUUCGUAUGAAACAGAGGCUGUUACAGGAAAGCCCGGCGACAAGGUUCUGUUUGGCAGUCUMCCAGCCGGUAAACGACGCAAAUUUAUCCUAGUCGACGACCACCAGCGUGGAGGCCGUGCGCGAGUCAAAGUCACGUUGGACAGGGUUAACAUGAACGAGAUUCCUGAUUCAUACCGUCUGACGAACGCCGUAUUCCCUCGUGCUUAUUACCCUAUACAGAUGAGAGGUUCUCCGGGACAUACUAUUCCUGAUAGCCGAUACCUUGAGGACAACGACGCUGACGAUAAUAACAACGACGAUGACGAUGGUUAUGAAUUUGACAAUGGCAAUGAGCCCGUUACUGUUGGCCGAACCAUUGUGAACGUACCGACGAUCGAAGGUCUCUCCCCCGCUGUGCCGCAAUUGACUCGCAGUCGACACCGCAAAGAUAAAAUCAUAAAUGAUUUCGGUUAUCGCAUGAGCUGGAGCCAAAGCAGGGUUUUUGCUAACCGGCAUUUAUUCUUGCAGCGAUCACUGGAUGCAUAUCGAAACAAAAUGCGUGGCUCAAUGUUGACAAUCGGACAAGAACCAGCGUCGAUAGCAUCGCAGUUCGAGACACGAAUCGGAAAACGCAAAUUCAGUAGCAAAAUUCAUCGAAGGAGGAACGAAAGCUCGUCUAUGACAGCAAUUCGACGAGAAGCAGAGGAGGUAGAAGCUUAG